AUCUAGAUUAUAUCCUCUUCGGGCCUGGCCUCACCAAGCAGCUUUUCUACGGAAUGUGUGGCGCGCGACGCACAUUCUGGACGAAAGGCUCGCUUGGAAGCGUCUUUUACACUUGCUUUUCUCUUUUCCUUUUUCAAGGGUCUGUUUCUUUUGUUGUUCUUAUUAUAAACUUCAUGUAUCUAUUUUGACUAGGCCUUUGGUUGGGCGGCUGGGUCGGGCCUGGGUCAUACAAUUCUGUCUCAAACCAAAUGAAGACACACAUCAUCAACAUAAGCUUACUCCAUAUAUUGUUCGAUUAUUAUCUGACCCGCUUACCUGGGGUAUGUUCGUCGCCCAUGUAGAUUAUAAUAGCCUGCAUUGCAGCUAGGGAUACUUCAAGCGAGGGGGUUACAAUCAAGGAUGUAAGAAUGCGACAUGUACUGCGCACACUGCACACCUCUGCGUCUGGGAGUACGUACACUUGAGUCCGUAUGCUCACAGAGAGGGCAGGAAGGUCUUCAGAAAGUUGUCUCUCUACUAGUUGAUUACCUGAAGCGCGAAGAGUAAGCAUCCUAGAAAACCCCGUCUGACUGCGGCCACAGCUUAAUGCUAUAAAUACCUUCAGCACUAAAUAAUCAUCAAGAAUGGUCCAGGCACCUAAUAAUGCCAGACUUACCCCAUGCAUAGCCUCCUGGGCGUCUCAUCAACGUGGUCUGACAGGGGGCGGCAUGGUGCCUAAUCCCUAGAAAUGGCACUGCCUGUGGCCAAUCCUAGCGAGGUUUCAAGCUUGAGUGUGCGAAAGAGUACCUAAGUCGGCUGCCGCUGGUACCUGCCGAGAAUGGAGAUGUCAAGGGACUCCCAGAGAAUUGAAGAGUAUCACAAGGUUAGGUACUCCGUACUUGUCCUCGACUCGUAGCAGUACAGUAUGUUCGAGAGGCCAGGGACCUGGGGAAUGCCGAAGGGGCCGAUAACGAUAAGAGUAGCUGAUUAAUAAUGGGAAGAUACCAGUCUCCCGGAUGAGGCGGAGGAACAACCUUAGAAGAUUGAGAAUAUUGCUGCUUUGAAAAGAGUGAAUAGUGGUUAGUUGACAGAGUGUCCUCAAUAAAAUUCAAGUCGGGGCGAUAUUGUCAUCAAUAAAAGUAGCCAAGUAUUCAUCAGUCUAUCAAUAAGAAACCGAUCGGAUGAUCUCUGGUCUCAGAAUCUCCCCAUACAAAAACUCCGCCACCAAGGACAGCUUGUCCACUUUCAAACCCAGAGCUGUCACUCCUUUCGUGUUGCCACAUUACGUUACUUCUCUUUAUCUCUCUGUACUCGAAUAUGCGACCUACUUCUGCCUCAAUUGACCCUUUUUGUUACCAGCUCUAAAGUUAUAUGGCCACGCCUCACUUUCAACACACUCUUUUCAAGUGAAUCCGCGGCGAGGCUUCUCCUUGUUGGUAUUUGCUUGGUUCAUUCUCUACUUUUGGUGCUGCAAUUGUCGACCUGAGCUUCGAUCUCGGCGUCCAAAAUGCCUUCUGCGGCCAAAGUCUUCUACCUGGCCGUCUUCGGUUUCAUGACCGUGGCGAACGGCGAAAGUUCCAAGCAAUCGUCGAUGCAACAUGAUCAUCUCACUUGCGCGAUCGAUCCCAAGGCCAUGGUCUCGGACGCCUGUGUUUCCUACCAUACUAUCGACGCCCUAAACGACCAAGUAUACUCCCUCCUCCAGUCCCUCACGCAAGAAACGGAUUUCUUCUCCUAUUACCGCCUCAACCUCUUUAACAAAGAAUGUCCAUUUUGGUCAGAUGCCGAUAGCAUGUGCGGGAAUAUUGCGUGCGCGGUGAACACAAUAGACUCGGAGGAGGAUAUUCCCUUGACGUGGCGAGCGGAGGAGCUGAGCAAACUCGAAGGCCCCAAGGCAGGGCAUCCUGGCCGCGAGCAACAAAACCAGAGACCGCGGGAUCGACCGCUACAGGGGAUGCUAGGGGAGAACGUCGGAGAGAGCUGCGUGGUCGAGUACGAUGACGAAUGCGAUGACCGGGACUACUGUGUCCCCGAAGACGAGGGGGCUAGUGGAAAGGGCGACUAUGUGAGCUUGGUGGAUAACCCGGAGCGAUUCACUGGGUACGCUGGACCCGGUGCGAACCAGGUUUGGGAUGCGAUUUAUCGCGAGAAUUGCUUUCUCAAACCGGUUCCUGAGCUUGAUCUCUCUCCCUCUCCCCCGGCGAGUGGGCUUCAGGCUGUUCAGGACUUUCGGAACGUCCUUCAGAAGGAGUCAAAGCGGCCUGAUAUCUUGCCACUAGACAACGAGUGUAUUGAGAAGCGGGUCUUUCACCGAGUCGUUAGUGGAAUGCAUGCGUCUAUCUCGACGCAUCUGUGCUGGGACUAUCUGAACAAGACCACGGGGCAGUGGCAUCCCAACCUGCAAUGCUUCAAGGACCGACUUCACGACCACCCGGAACGGAUCUCGAACCUCUACUUCAACUAUGCGUUGGUGUCGCGCGCAGUGUCCAAGUUGCGAAAGCAUCUCGAGGGCUACACAUAUUGUAUCAGCGAUCCGGCACAGGACCAAGAGACCAAGGAAAAGGUCUCGCUUCUGACCUCCACUCUUGCCGAGCGACCCCAGAUCUUCGACGAGAAUGUCAUGUUCCAGGAUCCGAGCACCAUAGGACUAAAGGAAGACUUUCGCAACCGAUUCCGCAACGUGAGUCGAUUGAUGGACUGCGUAGGAUGCGACAAGUGCCGCCUCUGGGGUAAACUCCAGGUCAACGGCUAUGGAACCGCAUUGAAGGUCCUUUUCGAGUACGACGAAACCAAAAACGGCGAGAACCCGCCUCUACGACGGACCGAACUUGUGGCCCUGGUAAACACUUUGGCCCGCAUAUCCCACAGCAUUGCUGCAGUCCGGAGUUUCCACCGCGCCAUGGAAGUCUCCGAUGGGCAGGUCUUCGCUAUCCCGGCCGGAUCAACGGCAGGGAAGAGCCACGCGGGAGUCAAGGGAGAGAGACGUUUAGUCAAGGACGGAGGCUCGACGUUUUACUACGAAGGGGAGACCGACGAAGACUACGAGUACAUUGGCCAGGAACGUCCAUGGGAGCGGCCUCGAAACCGACGUCCAUCGGAUGGCGUUUGGGACGACGUCAAGGCCGAGUUCGCGGUGGUAUGGGAUACCUAUGUCUAUGUGCUGAAGAGCUGGUACAAUCUACCAAAGACAAUUUUCGAGCUUGGUGUCCUCGAAAUGAACCGUCUCUGGAGCUAUUGGCUAGGUCUUCCUGUCCCACCGAGAGCUUGGAAGAUUCGAUUGCCAAAGCGAGAAUCUCGCGGGCACGAUGAGCUCUAAUGGUUGCAUUGUCAAGAUAUUAUUUGAUCUGUGGCGUUUAGGCGGGGUGGGUUGCAUUGCACUGUAAAUACCAGAUAGGGAUCUCGAUACAAAAUCCAGCAUGAUAUAAUACUCCUAUAUUCCUCCUAGUGACUCUCACUGUAAAUGAUUUCUUUAGUAAUAAUAAUAAUCUGGAGUCCUCUC